AUGCUUGAAUCAGGCAAUUGUAAUUUUGGGAAGAAAGAGAAGUGAAGGGUAGCAUCUUGUGUGCUAGAAACAUUCUAUGACUGGUGUCUUAUAUAAGAUUGUGAGGUAAGGCAUAUAAAUAAGAUUAUAUGGUACUUGGCUUAUAUGUGGAUUUGAUAUCCAAAAGAUCUGAUCACGUCAUUAAUGUACAAUUCAACUCAUUAUUAAUGUCCAAAAGAUCCAAUCGGAUGCAUCAUUAACAUCCUUUCAUUAACGACAAUGGUAUCUUUACAAUUCAAUGCAAAUAACCCCUAUUUCCCAAAGUGUCAUAAAUUACUAUUAAUUUGUUUUAUUAAAAGUACUUUUAGUUUUAAAUAUUAAUAUAAGUUCUUAGCAUCAAGAUGUUUUCUUGGAUUUCAUUCACCAAAAAUUUACUCUAAGAUGUCUUUCUCUUCAAUGUAAUUAAUUCCUCAUCGGGUCUGUAGAGUUGAUCAUCAUAUUAAGGACUUGGGUUGAAUUGCCAACUUUGGAUUUUUGAUGUGGUCAUACUUAGAUGUUUCAUUAAAAAUACCACCUUAGAUCUAGUAAGGAAUUGAACAACUUAAAUGCAGGAAUUUUUUUUUUUUGAAGUACAAGCAAAAGUAAUGUUUUUGCAAAUGUAGCACCAGGUGAGGAAAACUUAAAACUUCAAAAUCAUAUUUUCUUGCAUGAAUUUUCAAAUUUCGUUUACACAUUGAAAUAUAAAAUCUUAAAAACUUUAACAUUAUAAAUUUAAUAAACUAAAUGUAAAAACAUUACUCAAAAAAUUAGAAUCUAAAUAAGCAUAAAAUAUAAAAAAUCAUAAAAAAUAAACGUAAAAUCAGGUCUUGAAAAAUGUAUGGAUAAGAAAUCGAAGAUUAAGGUACACUCAGUAAUAACAGGUUUUGGAUUCAGCGCACGGGAUGGGUAAUUAAAAAUCAAGCACCUCGUAAAAACUUUCCUUGAAAAAAUAAAUCACAGAAAUUUCUUCCCGAGUGGAGCCUGAUGGUCGCAAGGAAAGAGAAAACGGGGGGAGGUCAACGUCUAGACUUCAGAACGCUACGAAUGGUGAGCUUUUUAUUGGUCAACGAGGUGUCUAUUAAUGGAGCCUUUUCUCGUUAAAAGGGAACUUUACUUAAAAGGGCGGCCUUUCCUGAUAUGGACGGUUUGGUAGUACCCUCUCAUAUGCGGAUCUUGCAAAAGAUGGAUUGGGCAGAGCGUUUCAAGCCGCUCUGAUCGACCGUAAAUACCUGCCUGUCACGUCGAGCUCCUCCCCCGUCUGUUUCUUGGGGAGUCGAUUUACCGCCAGUGUGUAAGGAGGCGGGUCGAAUCGAUGUCAAUCGCGUCAAUCGCGGACGUAGAAGGCUCGCAUUUAUGGAAGUGGGAGUGGGAGGUGCUCAGGUCCGCAACCUGAAGAAGGGGAGAGGGGGAGAAGACAAGAGAGAAGAGAGAGAGAGAUGACAAUGAGGGGGAGGAAAGAGGUCAAGAAGUAGGGCAGAAAGAAGAGGUAGAAGGGAGAAAAGGUUCAAGGGAAGGGGAGAGGGACCCUGUUGCUCGUUGAGUUAUGAAGUGAGGGGGCGUAUCGAACGUAGCUCACACGAGGCCUCCAUCGCAUCUGCAGGCUAAUAGGCCUCUCUCUCUCUCUCUCUCUCAUCCCAACAACCAAUAGAGCAAGGCUUCAAACUCCUUACGGCUCUCUUCAGCAUGACAUUACGGGAAGUCACAGUUUCACUUAUUUGUCUCAUACUGUUCUCUCUCACUUUUAUCCCCACACCCGAUAGAGUUAGCCUUCAAACUCCUCCUGCAUCCUCUUAAGCAUCAACCUAUGGGAAAUCUCAGGCAUGCCGAGGCUAGUUCAAACGCACUCAUUUGUCUUAGAAUUAGCAUACUGCUCUCUCUCUCUCUCUUCCCCUCUCUAUCAAUUAUCCCCACGCCCAAUAGAGCCAGGCUUCAAACUCCUUCCGGCUCACAAGAGGCCUCCGUCGCAUAUGCAUGCUAAUAGGCCUCUCUCUCUCUCUCUCUCUCUCUCUCUCAUCCUAACAACCAAUAGAGCAAGGCUUCAAACUCCUUACGGCUCUCUUGAGCAUGACAUUACGGGAAGUCACAGUCUCUCUUAUUUGUCUCAUACUGUUCUCUCUCACUUUUAUCCCCACACCCGAUAGAGUUAGCCUUCAAACUCCUCCUGCAUCCUCUUAAGCAUCAACUUAUGGGAAGUGUCAGGCAUGCCGAGGCUAGUUCAAACGCACUCAUUUGUCUCAGAAUUAGCAUAUUGCUCUCUCUCUCUCUUCCCCUCUCUAUCAAUUAUCCCCACGCCCAAUAGAGCCAGGCUUCAAACUCCUUCCGGAUCCCUUGAACGUGACAUUAUGGGACGUGCCAGCCAUGCCGAUGGUACGUCACACUACCUCCGUUUUCUCAGAAUGAGCGUGACAUUAUGGGAAGUCCCAGCUAUACCAAGGCUAGCCCACACCAUCACUCCGUUGUCUCAGACAGAGUACCAUACUGUUCUCUCAGUCCUCUCUCUUAUCUCUCUCUCUCUCUUCUGUCUCUCUGUCUCUCUGUCUCUCUCUCUCUGUCUCUGACUCUGUCUCUCUGUCUCUCUCUCUCUCUCGCACGCGCGCGCGCUCGCUCACGUCGAUUUUUCCGUUUCCUUCUGACUAUAACCAAGCGUAGCUCACCCCAACUUCCGAUCUUAUCACCAUUAACCUACCGCUCUCUUUAUCUACCACCUCUCCCCUACCCGCACUCAUCUACUGGAAACAAUUGUUGGCAGUCGCUUAGGGUUUCUGUGCGUCUUCUUGGGCCUGAAGAGCUUCCCCGGUGGCGGAGGGAUAUCACUGAUGCAGGGAUGGGAAGAGGAAGUCCAGAGCUCUACUACUCCAACUACCCGAUGAGGACGCAUAAGCCCCACUUCUUCAAGGUCCUUCUCGGCGACUUCUCGCGGCGUCUGGUAAGUGUUUUCCGGAGAGCCUUCUACGUGUGCUUCUGUGAGUUCAUCGAGCCUUCUUAGAUUUACUUGUGGAAAUAGAAAGUGAGAUCGGUGACUCUAGUUUUUCUCCGUUUCAUCUUCUCGCUGAGAUUACUUUUCCGAUAUUGGAAGUUGGGUCCAUUCCUCCUAGUUUACUAUCUCUUUCUCACUCACUCUCUCUCUCUUUAAGUAUAUUUAUAUCUAUCUAUUUACCCUCAAACAAGGUGAUUUUUACUUCAGAUCAACUCAGUAGGACCCUCGCUCUCUCUCUCUCUCUCUCUCUCUCUCUCUCUCCUGCUCUGCACCUAAUGUAGAAAUAAGAAGCUGCGACGGGACAUUUUUUGCAGACUUCUACUACCUCUCCCCUACACGUACAUCUUUCCAUGUUUCAGGCUUCAUCGUAGGCUUCUCCUCUUCCUCUCUCUCUUGCCGAAUGUAUUAAAAAGUAAAAAUGAGAAUGAAAAUAGGAGUCAAUUAUCUCGUCUGCUUUCCCUAUCUAGCCGGAAAUGACGAUAGGGAAAUGACAAAGGAAAUGACGAUGAAUGACGGAUUAUGCUAUGAUUUAUAUUUCCAACCUAGAUUCGUCUUUCUGGGUUCUCAGAGCGUUCCCAGGAAGUUUGUGGUUCGUCUCCGUGGGGCGCUGCCGGAGACGGUGGAGCUCAAGGACCCAUCAGAGGGUCGAUGGCGGGUCAGUCUAAAGAAGACUGAUUGCACCACCUUCCUUGAGGAAGGCUGGGAGGAGUUUGCCAGAGCCCAGUCUCUUGAAGCGGGCGACUUCCUGGUCUUCAGAUUCAACGGCGUGUCGCGCUUCAAGGUCCUGGUGUUCGGCCCCAGCGGGUGCGAGAAGUGCUCCCCCGCCGCCGGCGAGAGCUUCCCCCCUGGAGCUCGAGAGAGAGAAACCCCCACCGGAGCAUGUUCAGUCUCCGUCCCCAAAAUGGCCGUCGGCCUGGACGAGCCAGAGGACAGUCCGCAAGAGUGCGGCGAGCUUCGGCGCUGCUUCUCGGGAGGAGAUGGGAGGCGGUGGCGGUGGCGGUGGCGGCAGUGGGGGAAGAGAGGAGAAACGGAGACCAUCGCCGAAGAAGAAGAGCUUGCAGACGAUGAUACCACGCGUAAGAAGACGUGCAGCUCCUACCCUCUUCAUCUAAUCUCCCAGAGAGGUCCCGUUUCGGCGGGGGACAGAGAGAGGACACUGCGGCUUGCCACGACGGUCAAACCAGUUCACCCGUCCUUCCUGUGCGUCAUCAAGCGGAGCCACAUCUCCCGGAAGCCCUUCCUGGUGAGUCUUCUCUCGCCGCCGAAUUAGAACCAGAGCUUCGCCGUUAUAGGAUCGGAAGAGUGUGUCUGGGGGUUGACGAUGUGUAGACCUGGUUGUUUCAGACGGUCCCCUGGCGCUUCGCGGCGGAGUUCUUCCCCGGUAAGGAACGGAGUGUCGUCCUCCGCAGCACUGCCGGGGAGUGGGAAGUCGGCUGCCGGAGCUACGGGAAGCUCUCCCACUUCCAGCGUGGAUGGAGGAGCUUCGUCGUCGGCAACCAUCUCGAUAUUGGAGACAUCCUCGUUUUCGAGUUCGCCGCCAGCCGGAGUAACCAACACAUGAACGUCACCAUCUUCCGUGCCGACGAGCUACUCCCCCCUCCGUCUUCUGGGCCAACGUAA